GGCGCCGCAUUUUCCUGGCGCAAGAUAGUUAUACCUUUCACUGUAUGUGUAUGCUGUAUAUAUAGGUAUUGUCACUUUCACUCUCCUCCGGGGGUUGCAGAUAAGAAAAUAAGCAAAACCUCUGCUGCAGCAGAAGCCAGAAAUCUCUCCUCUCUGUCUAGCUCAGUCACACAUCGCAAAUUGCAAUGCAUAUCUUUAAUGCAAACCCUAGGUCUUUCAAGAUGGACAGGAAGUCGCCGUUGGCGGCGAAGCUUAAAGCCUCUGUUUCGGAAAAGCUUGUUGAAUUUCUCGGGAACUAUACGGACGAUGUACUCGCGGAGUACAUUAUAGUGCUUGUUAGUCAUGGCAAGGAUCAAAACCAAGCAAGGGAUGAUUUGGAAGCAUUUCUUGGUGAAAGGAGUUCAGAAUUUGUGUCAUGGCUGUGGGAUCUUCUCCUGAAAAAUACCCAUGAGUCAAAUAUACCUAUUAGGGCAUCAUAUGUACAUGAUGUCACUGUAAUGAGUGUCGGUGAUGAUGAUGUAGACAGGAAACAGAGAAGCGGCAGGUUGACGGACCUUCAAAAUCAUGACACUGGCAAUGCUCAUAACCCACUGACAAAGGAUGAGAAUUGCAGCAUAUUAGUGCAUGGCCAUAAUCCAGUUUCCUCAAAUCAUCUAGACUUAUGUGAAGGCUUUCAGCAUAGGCGCCAAGCAAUUGCUACAGAUGAGUUAAAUUUAAAGGAGUCACAGGCUCGGGCAUGUACAAGUGAAAUUCUGAAAAAAUAUGGAGAAAUAGAGGAUACCCUUGAUGAAUCCUUGUAUGAUACUUCAAGGGUGAGGGGAUCUUCUCAAAUUUCAGCUGGUGAUGAGCUAAGCAUGCAAUAUGUCAAUCAAGAAAAGAAGAUAGUCAGCAGUGAUUGCAAUGCAAUGUCUCGUCAACUUCUGCAUCCACCAAAGGGAGAGCUGUUUCCCAGGAAAUUUCAGGUUGUUACAGAAAAUCCUCAGUCUAGCCAUUUCUCUAUGGCUAGUUCUGUUAGAAUAAGGAGAUCUUCUAGAGCUGCACAUUCUAUUUCUGACCAGGGUGCCAGGUCUCGAGGCAAUGUGUGGGACAGAUUAGGAAAACCUUGUGAAUAUGACACCGCUUUGAGAGAUGAGAGAAUUGAUGCAUGUGCAGUUCCUAUUAGCCAGAGGAAAUUAUUGGAGCGUGAUGGUGAAAGUCUUGACCACUUGAUGCCCUCUGUUACUGGUUCCGUACUAAGUAGGCAGUUGAAGGAAGAAGCUCCUGUGCUUGAUAAAAGCCGUCACAUUAUUUCUAUGGUGACUUCUGAUGACCGCAGAACACAAGAGCAUGGAGUCAAUAUCUGCACACUUCGUGAUGCAAGUAAUGUUAGGCAGAAGAGGCAUUUUGCUGAGAUUUGUACUGGUUCUGGUAGUGGGUUGGCACCUUUGGUGGAUACGGAGGACAGGAAUCUUCAAGAGAAAGAAAAAAUUAUAGAUUUCCAAAGAACAUCAGUUGCUAACCAUGUACAGAGCUUGAAACAUGUUGAGCACGGAACUGGAAGGUUGGAUGGCCAGGACAAGUGUCUUAGAUCUGAUAUUGCACCCAGCGUGAGGAAGAAAAAGGUGCUUCCAGUAGAUUUGUCUGGGGAAGCUGUGGAGACUGCUAAUCAGAGUCUUGUUUUAGUUAAUUGUCCUUUGUCUGCUAAACAAGAGACUGUCAAUGGUGAAAACAAUGUCAAUGCCAAUCCGAAACCAGUGCAAGCUCAAGUGUCAGAUAUGAAACUAAAACUACGUCAAAUUGAAAUGGAAAUGUCUAAGCUUCGGUCAAAGCGGUUAGAGAUGAGCAAUGAUGGCAAGUUCAUCGCAUUGCCAACUUCUGGUGCGCUGGAUCAUCCCGAGGAAGAUGUUGAGUCGAGAACUGUUUUUGUGACAAAUGUCCAUUUUGCUGCCACAAGAGAAGCCUUGUCAUUGCAUUUUUCAAAGUGUGGGGCGGUUGUUAAAGUUAUAAUUCUGACUGACCCUGUAAAUGGUCAGCCCAAAGGGUCUGCUUACAUUACAUUUGCUAGCAAGGAGUCUGUCGACAAGGCUGUAGCGAUUAGUGGGGCCUCGUUCCUGUCCAGGACUUUAAAGGUAACAGUUGUUUCUUUUUCUGCGAAGAUUAGCUUGGUGUAGUAUUUCAUGUAGAGU